UUGAUAUAUUCCAUUUGCAAUUUUCAUAUGUUAUUCCACGUCACAGAUUUCUGUUCGGUUUCUGCUUUAAUUUGUGGCGGAAAGUGUUCUUACACAACAUCCGCCGUGCUCGCGCUUGAUUUAGUGGAAGUAAAAGGUUACUGCAUGCAGGGACGUGUUCCCACACACUCGGAAAUUCACACAUUAUUUCAUCCACUCACGUUUUAAGCGCCACACUGGCCUUAUUAAAGUGCUCUGUUUCUCUCGCUCUCUCUUUCGGCUCACAGGGGGCAGUACAUUAAUAAGGAGUUUUAUUAGUGCUUGCAGUAUGUUGCCUGGAGAUAACAAUAUCACCUUUGGCCUGGCAACAUUUAGCUUCACAUGUCGUACGUGUGCGCCGUUUACCUGAGGAAUUGAUGCACUGUGGGAGAACGACAAGCCGGUGGAGAGAGUGGGAUGCUCUGGGAAAUGUUCUGAUGGGAAACCCUGGGUCCGGCCAUUCAUGUGGACAUACAUUUGACACGUGCCACUUACCUGAAUAUUGUUGCGGUCCAGGUACAGCCCUUCAUGACCAUGGUGUUCCCUGGUGGAAGUGGAACUCUUUCAGCAGGAUAAUGCACCCUGCCAUGGAACAUGAUGAAGAGUUCAAGCAUGUGGACCCUGAAGUAGGCUUAACAGCUCAGGAACAAGUUCUCCUGCUGUACGACAUCAAACUGCAGUGCCUUCAGAACAUCUCAGAACACAACCCUGCUGAUGACAUCUGUUCUCCUGGAUGGGACGGACUGGUUUGCUGGCCUCAAGGUUCCCCAGGAACUGUCACCAAAGUGCCAUGUCCCGGCUAUGUGUACGACUUCAACCACAACGGAUUUGCAUACCGUCAGUGCAACUUGAAUGGGUCGUGGGUAUCGGUGGAGAACAGAACUUGGGUCAAUUAUUCAGACUGUCUGCGGUUUAUGGCUCCAGGCGUUGAAAAGGACAAAAGGGACUUUUUCGAGCGGCUGCACAUCAUGUACACAGUCGGCUACGCGGUGUCCUUCAGCUCUCUGCUAGUCGCCAUUUUCAUCAUUGGAUACUUUCGGCGUCUCCACUGCACCAGAAACUACAUCCACAUGCAUCUGUUCGUGUCGUUCAUGCUGCGUGCGGUCAGCAUUUUCGUGAAAGAUAGAGUGGUGUACGCUAAUGGUGUGUUACAGGAGUACGACACCAUGCUAAUGGACAACAUCAGCACUGUCUCCAUUUCCCCUCUUGACAAGACUCAGUAUUUUGGCUGCAAGAUCACAGUCCUAUUCUUCAUUUAUUUCCUGGCAACCAACUACUACUGGAUUCUAGUGGAGGGACUGUACCUUCACAGUCUCAUUUUCAUGGCGUUCUUUUCCGACUCCAAAUAUCUUUGGGGUUUCACCCUCAUAGGGUGGGGUGUUCCGGCUCUCUUCGUAUCAACCUGGGCUGUCGUCAGGGCAACGCUGGCAGAUGUAAGGUGUUGGGAGUUGAGCGCUGGCAAUAUUAAAUGGAUAUACCAAGUCCCUAUACUGACAGCAAUAGGGCUGAAUUUCAUUCUGUUUGUGAAUAUCGUACGAGUUCUGGCCACUAAGAUCCGAGAAACAAACGCAGGCCGGUACGACACGCGUAAACAGUACAGGAAGCUGGCCAAAUCCACAUUUGUUUUGGUUCUGGUUUUCGGUGUCCACUACAUCAUGUUUGUGGGAAUGCCGCACACAUUCACAGGUCUUGGUUGGGAGCUGCGCAUGUACUUUGAGCUCUUCUUCAACUCGUUCCAGGGAUUUUUUGUGUCCAUCAUCUACUGCUUCUGCAAUGGAGAGGUCCAGACUGAAAUCCGUAAGACCUGGCUCCGUUGGACGCUUGCAUUUGACUGGAAGGGUCCUGUAGUUUUGGCUAACUACCGCUACGGGUCGGUCCUGAACAGCAGCGGCGCCAGCGUCCAGUCCCAGCUGACCUCUGUGAGCCGCAGUUCUGCCCUCCUCACCAGCAGGGUGUACCGCUGCACCGGUCGAACCAGUGUCGGCUCGCUCACGCACGCAUCGCACAUACACACCACCUUGCCCGGGUACGUCUUCAGCAACUCGGACAUCGAGAGCCUUCCGCCUUCCAUUCCGGAAGAAAUCGACGAGGAGGCCAAACACAUCGAUGACAUCACGCUCAAAGAAAGCGCUAAAGCCGUUAACGUUAUCACCGUACGACAGGAAGCCCUCAGCGUCUGUUUCGAAGAGAGUGGACAAAGCACAUCCCACGUGGAUUCUGAUGACAUCGUAGAGAGGGACGAAGACGCCCCCCCUAUGGAAAUCACCAAAUCCACUGGUGACAUCAUGCUGAAUGAUUCUUUAUCUGUGAGGUACAACAGUUUGGAUCAAGAGGAAGAGGAAGUACUUUAAAAAGACUUCAUUUAACGUUAACAAAUUGCUGUUUGCAACACAUUUUACUUGUCAUGUGAUGUAUUUAUGAUUGAGGGAUAUUCAAAAAAUAAAAAAAACCUUGAUUAUCCUUCUGGAAUUGAUCAAAAUCGGCUGUACAUACCAAAAAUGGAGCCAGACCCGUAAGCCACAUAAGUGAGGUAAGCUUAAAAGUAAAGUCGCCUCAGAAAGAAGAGCUAGUUUUGUGGGGGAGGGAUUUUUUUUUUUUUUUUUUAAACGAUGUGCAUUGGUUAAUAGUAAGACCAAAUAAGUGUAUUAAAGGAUUAGUUCACUUUGAAAUGAAAAAUACCCAAGCUUUACUCACCUUCAAGCCAUCCUAGGUGUAUAUGACUACUUGGGUAAAGUUGGUUUUAUAUUCGCACC